AUGGCCGUUCGUGCCACACGAGGCAACGUUGAACUCGAGCAUCGGGCGAAGCCGUGGGCGCGCGAGUGGCGGCGCUGGAAAGGUGCACCCGCAUGGCCUCGCCAUCGCCUUGCCGCCACGCCCACACUCACUCACACGCAACACUCGCAUGUGCCACGCGAGCCCCCACCACGCGCCUCGUCAGACUCAAAAGGCAUGACUCCUGCUGCGCCCACCUGCUGCGCCCACCUGCUGCGCCCACCUGCUGCGCCCACCUGCUGCAUGUGGUCGAGUAUGUUCUGCAUCGCCCGUGAGCGCGUCAAUGCUGCUGCGCGCCUGAGAGUCGCCAUCAGCGCCGUGGCCGCCCGCGUGUUGGCUGCCCGCGUGUUGGCCGCCCGCGUGUUGGCCGCCCGCGUGUUGGCCGCCCGCGUGUUGGCCGCCCGCGUGUUGGCCGCCCGCGUGUUGGCCGCCCGCGUGUUGGCCGCCCGCGUAUUGACUUCCCGCGGAAUGGCUUUCCGUGCGCAAAUCCGCAACCAGCCCGCCCUCUUCGCGUCUGUGGGGUCCGCGGCGCUCCCCGCGUUAUGUCUACCGCUGGGACGACCCCUCGCCUGUGAUGGGCGCGGGCGGCGGGCUGUCUGA